UGAACUGCAUCGUGCAUCUUUGUGCUACUGCAUGGUGAUCAUCAGUUAACAGUUGCAUGUCCGUUAUCAAUUAUCGUGGAGUACGGUUCUGUGGCAGCGGAGCACUUGUGUCAUUAUGAUGGAUGCGACUGCAUUGGAGUUGGGAUGCUGUCACAAGUUUAUUGUGGUGAUGGAGGGGGGAGAGUGUAAGGGGUGGUUUGGAGUGCGCAAGGGAUGAUUUUGAGCGCCGAACAAACCCUCAGUAAGCGUCCGACAGGCAACCUGCUCACAACCCUUACGCCUGUCCAGUCCAUCUCCGGAUCCUAGAUGUUGCUGCUUUUUCUCUUUGGUCUUCCACUCCAUCAUGUGUUGGGCUUGAGCGGCUCAGGCCAGGGUCCGGUGUUUGUGCAGGAGCCCGACACCUGGGUGCACAUCUCCAACAGGAGUGGGGCGCUACUGGCCUGCUCCGCGAGGGGGAACCCGCAGCCAGACAUCCAUUGGCUUGACAACAAUGCCCGCCAAGUCUCCAGGAUCCCUUCCUUGAGAGAGGUGCUGCUCAAUGGAAGUCUGCUGAUUUUGCCUUUCAAAGCGAGUCAGUUCAACGAUGAGGUGCAUGCUACCACAUACCGAUGCAGAGCUUCCAACAUUAUUGGCACCAUCGUCUCCAGGCCCAGUCACCUAACUGCUGACAUGGACACGUCCUACCACCUCCGCGUGCAGGACGUAGUGGUGAUAACGGGCAACGUGGCUGUGUUGAGCUGCGAUGGGGCGUCAGUCCGCGACAGUGUGCUGUGGUUCUACGAGCAGCCAGUGCUCGGUCGCACAGUGAUUCACUCUGGCGGCCGCUUCACGGUGACCGGCGCGGGCGCGCUGCACGUCCGUGACACGGAGCCCGAGGAUGCGUAUGCGCGCUUCAGCUGUCAGGCGACUAGCACUGUCACCGGCGAACGACGCGUCAGCAUGCCCGGCAAGAUUGUCGUCCUGGGCGCAGAAAAACAUCAAAUACCGCGAAUCGACCACGUAGUGAGCAAAGUGAAUGGUAAAUUGGGAUCAACUGUUGAAUUGGAAUGUAUAGCACAAGGAUACCCGCCUCCUCAUUAUCAAUGGUUCAAAGAGGCAGACGGCACACUAGUUGAGAUGGAGAGAAGCGGCUCCAUCCUCAUUCAGCCUCUGGACUCUGUGCUUCGCUUCCACAGAGUGAGACAGGAAGAUGGCGGCAAGUACACAUGUGUAGCUGCCAACAGCUUUGGUGAAGACCGCCGCGAAAUCAACCUGGCAAUUUCGUCACAUCUAUCGGUGCAGCUACAUCCAGCUUAUCAGGUGGUUGACGGUGGUUCGGAUGCCACUUUCAACUGUUCGGUGCGCGGCGGCACAACCUCCAGUGUGGUGGAAUGGCUGAAGGACGGCCAGUCGCUCACGGUGAAUGGUAAAAUAAAUUUCGACAUACUCAAGCAGCAGAUGAUCGUCAAAAGCAUAUCAAAACAAGACCAGGGAAUGUAUCAGUGCUUCGCCAAGUCGAGUGACGGCGAAAUCACACAGGCUUCGGCUGAGCUUGCCAUUGGAGCCAUCUACCCGGAGCUGCAGUCGACGUUCAUCGAGCAGACGCUGCAGCCAGGCAUGACUGUGUCGCUGAAGUGUGUCGCGUCAGGCAACCCUCCGCCACGUGUCUCGUGGCUGCUGGACGGCGGGUCGCUGCUGCCCCGGGGCGGCUACGUGCUUGGCAGCUUCCUCAGCUCGGCCGGGCUCGUCAUCAGCCAUCUCAACAUCACCGUCAUCCGGGUGGAGCACGGUGGUCUCUACACCUGUCAGGCCAGGAACAGUCUCGGGUCGGCGCAGCAUUCUGCCUCCUUGAAUAUCUACGGUCCGCCCUCACCACGAUCGCCGGUGAAUAUGACCGGUGUGCUGGAUGGGAGCGUGUGGAUGCGUUGCCCAGUGGCCGGCUAUCCCAUUGUGAGCACAGUCUGGCAACACCAGGGCGACUCACUGCCCACCAGCUACAGCCAGCGAGUCUUCAGCAACGGGUCGCUGCACCUGAGUCGCGUCUCGGCCACCGACAAGGGCGAGUACCGCUGCACCGUCAAGAACCAGCAGAGCCAGGCGGCUAGUGGUCGCAUCUAUCUCAAUGUCAUGAAGCCACCUGAAAUCUCACCAUUCCAGUUCUCCGAUGAUUUGCAAGAAGGAAGUAGAACUCAUGUUGUUUGCGCCAUCAUCUUCGGUGAUCUUCCAAUGGAAAUAACGUGGAAUAAAGAUGGUCGUCCGCUGGCACAUGACCCAGAUAUCCAAGAGCAGAGCUUGCAAUUUGUCAGCAAUUUGGUGUUCAAUAAACUUUCAGCGAGACAUGCCGGCUACUAUACUUGCGUCGCUAAAAACGCGGCCGCUCAAGCUAACCGUACUGCCAAACUUGUUAUCAAAGUGCCUCCAUCUUGGAUAAUUGAGCCACAAGACGUGUCGGUGCUGUAUCAGCAUUCUCUUACCAUGCCAUGCUAUGCAGCUGGCUUUCCUGUACCGAAAGUAAGAUGGACCAAACAAAUCGAUCAUCAAGGGGAUGAGUUCUCAGAAAUUGAAUCGAAUGCUGGAGAGUUCAUUUCGGAAAAUGGAACACUAUUCAUUCAUGCUACCGAUACAUCGCAGCAAGGGAGGUACACAUGUACAGCCGAGAAUGGCAUUGGAAAAGCACUGAAGAAAAGCAUCUAUGUUAAAGUAAAUGUUCCAGCGCAUUUCAAGACGAAGAUAAUAAACCAGAGUGGCAUGUCCGGCCAGGAGUUGAUCCUGAAGUGUGAGGCAGAGGGAGAACUCCCCCUCCGUGUGUCAUGGAGCACCAUCCCCGUGCAACCCCUCCCCCCCGCUCACUCGAGGCACACCUCCUCUGGACUCAUCUCCGAAAUUCAGUUCCACAACUUCUCCAGGAAGCAUGCCGGCGCCUAUCACUGCAAUGCCAAUAACGAGUUCGGACAAGACAAUAUGGUUAUCUACUUGACCAUAAAAGAGCCACCAGGCGCCCCGCGUAACUUGGAUGUGAUGGAGGUGGGUAGCCGGUGGCUGAGUAUCCGGUGGCUGCCUCCGAGUGGCGUCACGCCCACCUCCCAGUUCCUGGUGCAGUUCCAGAAUGACGCAGCCACGCUCUGGAACAACAUCACCGUGAACGGCAACACGCACACUGCGCAUGUCAGCGCGCUCAUUCCGCUCACCGUCUACUUCCUCAGGGUAAUCGCCAUCAAUGAUGUCGGCAGUGGCCUGCCCAGUGAGAUCAUCAGGGCUGUCACGCUGCAGGAAGCUCCAAGUAAGCAACCUCAGGACGUGAUGGUUGAAGCGGUUAACCAAAAAUCUUUAGUUGUUCGAUGGAAGUACCCUGACUUUGGAUUGAGCCGCGCCAACGUGAUUGGCUAUCACAUUUCGUACAGAGAGCCUGGCAGUCAACUGGAAGUGAAGACCGCGAGAGGACAUGAGAGGCAAGAGUUCUUGUUGAGUGGCUUAAAGCAGUUCACUCGCUAUGAAGUUACAGUCGAUGCUUUCAAUGAUGUUGGGUCGGGUCCCCCGUCUCAUGUAGUUAUCGCUACUACGCUUCAAGGAGUGCCUGAAGAGCCUCCUCAAGAAGUGCAGUGUCUUCCUGUUUCAUCACAGAGCCUGAAUGUACGCUGGGAGCCGCCGCCCAAAGAGUAUUGCAAUGGGGAGCUGCAGGGCUACAAGAUAUUCUACAAGCAAGUGGAUCCGCCAUUAGGUGCACCGGCUGAAACCGAAGUGAAGAAGAGCACCAAUCUGGAGACGAAUCUCGACGGACUGAUAAAGUUUGCCAACUAUAGUAUCCGAGUGGUGGCAUACACAUCGGCCGGCGAAGGCGUGCGCUCUCCGCCCAUUUACUGCAGCACUGAUGAGGAUGUUCCGGGUCCUCCCGACAUGGUGAAAGGUCUUGUUAUGACGUCUGACAGUAUAAUGGUUGUGUGGACACCUCCUUCCAAACCGAAUGGAGUCAUUUUAAAAUACAACGUCUACAUAAGCGGCCAAGAUAAAGAAAUAAGUAAAGAAGUGAUAGUUGGAAGUCGUAUUCUCACUUAUGAAUGGCGAAGGCUAAAGGAGUUCCAGCGAUACAAUUUUUGGGUAACAGCUUCUACCUCAGUCGGAGAGGGAGAGCCUUCCAAUAAAUUUCUGCUUUUUCCGAUGUCAAGAGGUAUGAUUUAUCAUCUUCAUACAGUAUUUCCAAAAACACUAGAGUCUAAUUUUUGUAUAUUAGUUGAUAAAACUAGUACUCACAUUUGCAGAGUUCUCGACGACGGCUCUCUACUGCUGAAUGCACUGACACCCGACAUGGCUGGCAACUACACGUGUCUGACAGAGAACGUGUUCGGGCGUGAUCAGGUGGUCUACCAGGUGGUGGUCAUCACCGAGCCUGAGCCUCCUGUGCUCGUCGUACUCACAUCCACCUCCAACACCAUCUCGCUGCAAUGGAGGACAUCCUUCGAUGGAGGUGCUCAUAUCACAGGAUAUAAACUCAGCUAUCAAUAUGCAGGAUCAAGAUGGCAGCAUAUCAGUUUGGAAGCGGAUAGAAAGAACUAUGUAUUGGGUAACCUUCUGUGUGGCACAAAGUACGAACUCUAUUUAAAGGCAUCCAAUUCGGUUGGCGAGAGUUCACCGAGUACAAUUAUACAUGCGGCAACUAAAGGACAAGCACCAGGACGAUCAGAGCAGGACGAGUUUGUAACAGUGAACUCAACGUCGGCCAUGUUGUAUUUGGAGAAUUGGCCGAACGGAGGGUGUCCAGUCACCUUCAAGGUCACUUAUCGAGCGCAUGGCGAGAACAACUGGAAGAUAUUCGGGUCUUCAAUCUCUCCUCAAGAUGCAGUGGUUAUGUCCAACUUGAAACCAGCCACCUACUAUUACCUGAGAAUUGAAAUCAGCUCAGACUCGGGACGAGUUCAGCAUGAGUACAUCUUUGCUACGCGGUCUCUCACAGGAGAAAUGAUAUCGUUGGAGCUCGGUCCAGAGAAAUCAUUUUCCGUCCUACAAUGGAAUAUUUUGUUUCCAGCAGCAUCAAUUAUCAUCUGUAUUUUCGCAAUACUCUCCUGUGUUUACAUGCUGACAAAGAAGAGAAGUCCUCAAGAAUUCCAAUCCAAUGAGACUUCAGGCAUCAAAAGUCUGAUGGAACUCGAGAAUCAGCGCAAUGAUCACCAGUGUCAUGCAUACUCGCCCUCACCAAGCAGAAAGGUCGAGACAAAAACAAAUGAGAAUGGCUCCGAUUAUGAGAUUUGUCCUUAUGCAACACUGAACUUGCAAACGAUGGCCCACUCGAUGCAAUUCGAAACAUUCAGCCAGAGAGACUGCUAUUCGGGCCAACCGCCCUCUAGCGGCGCUGGUGGUCAUUACUCGUCACGGGCCCGGCUCAAGGACAAAAUGAAUAUGUCUGCCAGUCCUUCAGAUGGACUCGACUUGGAGAUAUCAUGUAUAUCUAGUCAACAAACGUUACCAAUAAAGAAAAAAAGAGUAUUAAAAGAUGAAGCCAGGACGAGAUUCAAUUGUCAUUAUGAGAGCAGUAGUUGCGACAAGCCUAUGCCACACUAUACGCCUUCGCAUUUGUCCAGAAACGCAGAUUCAUCAGUUUUCGACUUGGACUCGAGCACAGAAUCAGCUGAAGCAUCACCAGAAGUGAAGAGAUCGAAGCGUGGCGCCUCAUCAAGAAUACAGCCUCCAACAGAGUUUUCAGAUAACAGAGAAGUAUCAGAUGUUGAAUGUGACAGAGAAAGAGAUAAUUUACGUCUUCAGUUAUUGGAUCAUUCCAAAUUCGAGAAACAACUCUACAGUCGGGUCAAAAUGUACCGGCAAGACAAGAAUCAAGAAUCAUAUGGAUGUGCAAUUCAUGUUUAAUGAGCUAAGGAUUAUACAAUGUACAAUUACACAAUAUUAGUGGUUCUUAAUGUUUGUUUAUCCUUGAUGUUUUACAUUAAUCCUCAAUUUCGGAUUUCUAUGUAAAUUCAUGCUCUGGUAUUCAUCUCGUUUUUUUAGAUUUCUUGUUUCUGGUUUAUCGAAUUAAACUGUACUAGUCAAUUAAUUAUGUAUAUCAUUUGAACUAUGCUCAACUAUUCAUAGAGUGAUACUUUUUAUUCAUUGUGUUGAUUUCAAUAUUGAUAUCACAGACAAACGAAAUUCAAUGAAUAAUAAUAAAGAAACGAGGAUACGUAGGUUCAGCCUGAUAGGCAGAAUUGAACUGUGCCAACACAAUAAUAGUGAUACAGUAUACGGUACGGUACUGUAUUAUGUAUUAAAUUAUUGAUCUAUUCCAAUACCAAUGACCUUUUCUGUAAUCUUCAGAAAAUACUUUCUUCAAUGUGUGGUUUUUGCAGUGAGAGUGGGCGUAAGUUGUAGACAGUAUAACUGAACAGAAGGAAAACUAUAUUCUUGAUGAGGUGUUAUUAUUGCCUCUGUUCUACUGAGAUCAAUUCAACUGAUUCAUUGAAAACACAAUGAUAUACAUGAUAAGUUUUCAAAAAAAUUUGUGUCAGAGUAUCAUUGUAUUUUGUGAAAACUACCAUUAGAGCUCCUAAGAAUAAUUAUUAUUUCAAUAUUGUUGAAACAAUUCUAUAAAAAUUCUUAUAUAUUUAUAGAAACUAUGAAAAUAUAAGCUGUAUAUUGGAAGAAUGGAAAAAUAAAGAGUGAUAUUGGUCAAU